GUAAAAAAAAAAACGUGUUUCACUACAAUAGUCAAAUAUUGUCUCCCUGGAUGCUCAUGUAGAGGAUCACACAACCUAGAAAUUUUGUGGUCACGUGAGUGCCACGUGAAUCUAGCGUGAGCUUUUGAUCUUGUCGUCACGUGAGUAAACAAUGUGGAGGGUCCGGUUCCUGUAUUUGCAGUGUUAGAAUUAUUUCUGGGCUUUUGUGUGUGUUUUCAUCCGUUGGAUUAUGUGGUGUGUAGCAGGGACAACAAUCUGUGGUUGUUCUUCGUACUCUUUCUGGACCGUUGAUGUUAAAUAAUCAUAGGGGCCCAUGUCAGUUUUCUUGCAGCAGGAUGGCUGACAUGAGAUGAAUGGCCUCAUACAUGCAUCUUUCUUUAACCCUGCAUGAAAUGUUUGAUGCUUUUUGGGUGUUGGGAAUCCAAUGAAUUAUGUGAAGCCAUCAACUAUACAUGUUGAUUGUCUGUCUUGGUAACUUUUUUUUGUCUAAUACUGCAGUAUGAGUCGUCUGUUUGUAAUUUUGUCCGAAUCGACUCAAAUAUCUAGAAUAUUCAUUUUAAAUAUACACUUAUCAAAAUAAAUACACAAAACUGUUAACAGAAGAUCGUACAUGCUAAUAGUGUUCGUGUUCUGUUCAAGAACGGUAGUCCUUAGUGGGGCAUUUUUCAAGUUGUGGUACAAGUCGUAUUGUGUAUUAUUACACUUGUUUAGUGAUUCAUUAGCGUUUCUGUUGGAAUGUACUUGCAGUUGCCAUUGUUUGGCACCAGCAUUUAUGUCCCCCGUCUGCCAAACAGGUGCCUAGUUGGUAGGAGUACCAAGAAUCUCACAGUGAUCUAUUCUUUAUCAUAGUAAAGUAAAUGGAUCGUCUCUGCUACGUAUAAUGCAUUCGCACCAAAAUCUUUAUACAAUAUAAGUGCACGUAGGAAGUUUCUUUCUGCUUGAUGGUGACUGUGAACGAAGGACAAGAUUCCCCAACGCGUCUAAAUUGGACUUUUAGUUGCUCGUCGUUUUCUUUUUGUAAUGCCAUGUUUUCAUAGUAAAAUAUAGGGCUACCGUCCCAAGAUGCUGCGCCCGUAAUAUAUUUUAUGGGAUUAAUAUCAUCGACUAUUUCUGAUGGAGUCAGUCAAGACCCCAAGAAAGAGUAGGUUGGCGCGGACGUUUGCUAAGGUUUUGCACGUACGGGCCGUGACGGGAGUUUUGUCUCCCGAUGAUGGGAUCCAAAAGAGGAAAUCCCAUGAGAAGACGAAGAAUAGUACUAAGUUUUGUUCCUUGGACGAUGAAGAUGAGGAUUUUCUUGAUAGGGCAGUGAAAGAAGCUUUUAUGGCCAAGCUCUUUGCCAGCGUAUCUGCUGUCAAAGCUGGAUAUGCACAGUUGCAAUUUGCUCAGUCUCCGUAUGACCCCGACGGGAUUCAGUCUGCUGAUCAGAUUGUCGUGUCGGAGCUGAAGAACUUAUCUGAAUUGAAGCAGAGUUACCUGAAGAAAAAGCUGGACGAGGCGUCUCCAGGGGCGGCUCUGCUUUUGGCUGAAAUCCAGGAGCAGAAGAGUCUGCUGAAAACUUACGAGAUCACGGGCAAGAACUUGGAUUCUGAACUCAAACUUAAAGACUCUGAGAUCACUUUUCUUAAAGAGAAGUUGGCGGACACCAAUAGCGAUAACAAGUUGCUAGAGAAGAGAUUAAACUCGAGCGGACAGCUUUCCAUCCCUGAAAAUGCUAAAUUAUCGGGCUUAAGGCCGAGCCAUUUCAUUGCAUACUUCCGGCAGGCGAUAAAAACGGUCCGCAGCUUUGUGCAGUUGCUGAUUAGCGAGAUGGAAUCUGCCGACUGGGAUUUGGAUGCUGCAGCCGGUUCAAUCGAGCCCGGGAUUUCUUUCUGGCAACCAAAUCAUAUUUGCUUUGCGUUUGAAUCCUUCGUGUGCAGACAAAUGUUUGAUGGUUUCAAUCAUCCCAAUUUCUCCAACAGAACAGAGUCUUUACCAGAGGGCGACAAACGCCGUCGUCUAUUUUUCGACAGAUUCACGGAGCUAAAGUCUGUGAGACCUGUAGAGUACUUGGCUUGGAAGCCCAAAUCGACCUUCGCGGCAUUCUGUCGUAAUAAAUACUUGAGACUCAUACAUCCCAAGAUGGAAGCAUCGCUUUUCGGUAAUUUGGAUCAGAGGAAUUUGGUGAGUUCGGGUGAACUCCCAGAGACACCUUUCUUCUUGGCGUUUAUGGAGAUGGCGAAGUGCAUAUGGCUCCUCCAAUGCCUCGCAUUGUCGUUCGAUCCGGAGGUCUCCAUCUUUCAAGCAAGCAAGGGGAACCGUUUUUCGGAAGUUUACAUGGAGAGCUUAAGCGAUGAAGCUUUCUUCUCAUCCCUAGAAAGUGAGCCUCGUGUGGCGUUCACGGUCGUUCCCGGAUUCAGGAUCGGUAGGACCGUCAUUCAAUGUCAGGUAUAUCUAUGCUGAUCAUGAACCCAUGUGAAAUGAUACGUCUACUACAUUAGCACUGCAAUCUACAUUAUAUUGACAUGACGUGAUGCAUACCGUUUGCUGCUUUCACGUGGAUGCGA